AUGCUCGCUCUCCUCGUGUCCGCGGGCCCGGUAGUUAAGGAACGCGGUGUACACAUCCCCCUUCAGAAGCGUGGGUCGCUGAAGAAGAUGGACGGCACGUUCGACUACGAGAGACACGCCCGUCAGCUCGUCAAGAUCCAGAACAAGCACCGCCAGAAUCUGGUCAACCUUCAGAAUAACACUGGGGCCCUACCCGCAGGCGCAUUCAUUCCACAAGCCCUGCAUCAUCAUGCGACGCAGGGGGAGAACUCACGGCGGCGAUACAAGCGCCAGGCUCUGCCUCUCACGGACCAGCAAGACGGCCUCGAAUGGACGGGCACUAUCACUAUUGGCACCCCUCCUAUUAGCUUUGUCGUUGAUUUCGACACCGGGUCAUCCGACCUCUGGGUUGCGUCCUCAGAGUGCAACCAGUGCGGCAAGCACAACACUUACGACCCAGCAUCUUCUUCCACCAGCUCAUCGAAGGACGGGAACUUCUCUAUAAGCUAUGGUGACGGAUCUAGCGAUUCUGGCCCUGAAUAUACCGACACUGUCACCCUUUCCGGUGUUACCGUGACUGGUCAGGCCUUGUCUGCAGUGACGUCCGAGUCAAGCGAGUUCCAGACGGAUCCCGCCGACGGCCUCAUGGGCUUUGCCUUCCCGUCCAUUUCUCAGCUGCAAGCGAAUCCCUUCCCCUUCGCUGCCUUGAGUGAGAGCGCAAUCCCGCAGGGCGUUUUCUCUUUUAAGCUCACCUCAGACGGCGCGGAGCUGUACAUGGGCGGUGCGGACUCGUCGCUCUACACUGGUGACAUCGAGUACCACUCUCUAUCCGCGGACAACGGGUUUUGGCAGAUUGGUGGUGCGAGCGUGCUCGUGAACGGGCAGACGACGGUCUCGGGCCUCGACACGAUCAUCGACUCGGGCACUACACUCGCGUACGGACCCACCGCCACCGUGUCACAGCUGUUCCAGGCUAUCCCGGGCUCGCGGGAGGACAAGGACGGCACGUAUACGUUCCCGUGCGACGCGCAGCUCACGGUCGCGUUCAGCUGGGGCGGCAACACGUGGGCCGUCGACCCGAACCUCUUCAACCAAGGCGCAACGAAGCAAGGUUCUCAUCAGUGCGUGGCCGCGAUCGGUGCGAGCGACGAUCUCGGCUUCGGUGAGAAUGUCUGGCUUCUGGGUGACACCUUCAUGUCGAACGUGUACACCGCCUUCUCAAUGGACGACAACGCGGUGGGCUUCGCCGCCUUAGCGUGA